AUGUUGCGUCCCGGGAAAGGCCACCUGCCUGCGUACAUUUUUUCUUUCAAGUGCAUGUCUCUGGAUGAGUGCAAGAUCUGGGUGAUCCGCUCAGAGGGCGGUUACCCAACGUUGUGCUACGCAGUUGGUGAUCCCACUCAGCCGAAGCACAUCUACAGCCGCCAGUAUUUUCUGCUCAGGAACCAGUGGGAUGACAGAGGCAUUGAAUACUGGUACGCGGACGCGUGCGUCAACGGAGUCUUGGACGACACAAACCCCGACGAGGACGAAGCCUUCCGCCAGGGGGCCGAAGCCCAGUCGGCAGAGCUUUCCUGGCCGCCCUUUCCGGUCUUUACGCACGAGAUGCAAGCUCUGGUCCUGAAGCUUGUCUUGCCAACCGUGAUGCGCAUUGACGAGUCACGCAGCGCAGAUGGCCGCAGCCUGGACGACCUCGGGUACAGCUAUGGUGACGACGUCGAGCUUGGGAUGGAGCAUGACAAGUACGGUGGCGAAGUGCGUGUUUGGCGCAAUGAGCUGCUUGGCAUGGAGAGGGGCCAAAAGCUUCGGCAGUUCAAGGCGUUGCAGCUUCUGGCUGUGGAUGCCGAGUGA